UUGAUGCUGUGGGAGGAAAGCAUGGUAGAAGUUUCAAUGAUGAACGAGACCAAACAUUAAACCAGGCAAUUCUUAACCUUCUACUGUUGAUGCACCACCAUUUUUUUUUUGGAACAUGUUUGAGAUCCAGACCAUUCAUUAGUUGCUGACAGAAAUGGAUGGAUUUGAGUCAGACGUGAAGGUGGUUGUUAUUGCAGCAACAAAUCGACCCGAAGCAUUAGAUCCAGCUCUCUGCCGGCCCAGCUGCUUCUCUAGGAAGGUGUUUGCAGGAGAACCAGAUGCAGAUGGAAGGAAAAAGAUUUUGGCUAUACAUUUUAGGGGAGUUCCAUUAGAAGAAGACCCACAACUUAUUUGCAAUUUGGUUGCAUCUCUCACCCCAGGCUUUGUAGGUGCUGAUCUAGCAAACAUCGUCAAUGAAGCGGCUUUGCUCGCUGCUCUCAGAGGUGGUGUGAAGGUAAAUCGGGAAGAUGUUAUGGUGGCAAUAGAAAGAGCGAAGUUCGAGAACAAUGAUAAGCAAUUGACUCCGAGUACUAUCGGCAAGGAGCUCGGGAGACUGUUUUAUUGGAUGCCAUCUUCCAUCAGAAGUAAUGACCCAAGAGCGGAUGGCUUGGAAGGCUACCAGACAUUGAGCUGAUGUUACUACUGACCAUGAGGUAUGUUCUCCAGUGCUUCUAUAUGUACAAUCUGCCUCGAAUGGAAUGUGUCAAAUGCAACUAGUUGUAGAUGAGAAAACCAUAGCUGCUUGUUGGGCCACCAUUAAUGCAGGGGCAUUUCACACCAGGCUCGAGUGGGGUAGCCCGUGGGAUGCGGGGACACACUCGGGGUGGGUGGCCCAUGUGAUUUGGGGCCCACGAGCCCACGAGGGGGGUUCGGCUGAGGUCCUAACCCAUGAGAUGUGGGGCCUAUGCUAUGAGAUAAAGGGAUUAAUUCUCCAUGCUCUAACAGUUCGAGCUUUUAGAGCAAGUGGUUAAUUGUCCUGCAUUAAAUUUGGUAUCAGAGCGGGAGGUCUCGUGUUCGAGACUCCUCACCGGGGGUGAUUAAUGCAGGGGCAUUUCACACCGGGCUCAAGUGGGGUAGCCUGUGGGAUGCGGGGACACACUUGGGGUGGACAGCCCA